GUGAAGGCUGGUAGGUGCUUCCUCUGAAGCACAUGAAGCUACUGCAUCUUUUUUUGCCGUACAUGCUACAUUACAGGGCAUCUGAGCACUGGCUGUCCCUUUCUACGUAUAUGAUCUCACAGAUGCCCACAACUGCAUAGUGUUGCUGUGAUUGAUAGGUGAGAGAGAGAGCGUAAUGUCAUCCCUCCCACACAGCGCACAGGGCUAAUACUGCUGCCCUUCUUUCUUUCUUACUUUCUUACUUUCUUUCUUUCUUUCUAUCUGUUGUUGUUGUUUUUGUUGUUUUUGUUGUUUUGCCACAGCAUUUCUCUUUGUGUUUUUGUAAUUUUUUUCCUUACAAAUGUGUGUGACAAAACCAGGGGCCACUUCCCUUUGUAAUGUUUUUGCAUUUCGUAAGGAUUCUGCUACUGUAAUCCCCACUUCCUUUUUCUCUCUCCAUCACUCUUCAUCUCACUGUGUAAUAUGUGCUGAACAGACAGAAAGACAGGAGAGACAGUGAGACCACAAUUGGCACUGUUGAAUGUCCAGUCUUCUUGGUGAUAAUGGCAGCUACUGCAGACUAUAAUUACCCGAUGAGUUCAGAUUAUGACUAUAAUGAAACACAUGCACAUGAAUCAGUCUGCGAUCUGGAAACGACAUGGGAAUUCUCUCGUCUGUUUGCCCCUAUAGCCUACAUUGUGGUCUUCAUCCUGGCUGUACUGGGUAACGUGCUAGUGCUGCUUGUAAUCCGCCGCUAUCGUCAGUCCCACCACAGCCCCUGCGCCUUCUCACUGACUGACACGUUCCUGCUCCACCUGGCCAUCUCCGACCUUCUGCUAGCCUUGACUCUGCCCUUCUUUGCAGCCCAGUGGAUCAGUGGAUGGGUGUUCACCAUAGGCAUAUGUAAGGUGGCAGGUGCACUCUUUUCACUGAAUGUCUACUGCGGCGUGCUCUUCCUUGCCUGCAUCAGCUUUGAUCGCUACUUGGCCAUAGUCCACGCAGUCCACACCAGCUGGAGGCGCAAUACAUGUCUGGCUCAGUUAGCCUGUGCACUGAUCUGGAUCUGCUGCACCGGUCUUGCUGCCGUUGACAUCCAUUUCCGAAAUGUGGUGGUGCUACCUGGCUUUGGUAAGCUAGUUUGCAUUUUAGACUUCAACGUGGCAAGUUCUGAACAAUGGCAGCUUAGUCUGCAGCUUGUCAGCCUGCUGCUAGGCUUUGGCCUCCCAUUACUGGUAAUGCUCUACUGCUACUUACGCAUUUUCUAUGCAUUGUGCCACACAAGCACACGCAGGCAGAAGCGACGCUCCCUCAGGCUCAUCAUCUCUCUAGUGGUCGUGUUUGUGCUUUGCUGGGCACCAUACAACAUCUUGAAGAUGGUUGACAGCCUGAGGUUAAUGGAAAUAGUGAACCCCAGCUGCACGCUGAACUACAUGCUGGAUAUCAGCAUCUUGGUGACAGAGAGCGUGGGACUGUCUCACAGUGCCCUCAACCCACUGCUAUAUGGCUUUGUGGGUGUCAAAUUCCGCCAUGAGCUUCUCCAGAUGUUCAAGGCAGCUCUGAGGUUUGCUACAUGCUUCAGGAUGACCAAAUGGGUGCAGGGUCAAGGAAUGAGUCGCAGGACAACAGGUUCCUUCAGCUCUGUGGACAGCGAGAAUACCUCCUACUUCUCAGUUGUGGCAUAAGUAAAGUGAUUACUGGAGAUUUUCUGUUUGUUUGUUUGUUUGUUUUCAUUUUAUUUGAGAGAAAUUUUUUUACAUAUUGUUUGUAACACAAAAAAUAUUUUUGUAAUCCAAAUAUUAUAUUGUUAUAUAAACAAGUUUUGCAUUUGCCACAUUUUUUUAUUAACUUUUCUUCCUUCUUUAUCAUUUUAAUAAAGGAGAUAUAGUUCAUGUUUUAUUGAUAGUUGAAUUUGCAUAAAUGCAACUGCUAAAAGAAAAUGACUGUCUUAAGAAGAAAGGGAAACUAUUUUUAGACUCUCGUUUUGAUUUACUCUCUUCCACACCAUAUUAACAUUUUGUUUUGGAUGAUAGAAUCCCAAAUAACUUUAACUUUAUUAAUGCACCAGUUGAAAUGAGUUUGAAAUAUGGGUGCUAAUGGUAUUUUCCUCUCAACUUUUUUGAAAUUUGUAAAAACAGUCUAGUGUUAAUUUCUUGUCAUGAUAUACAGUAGUAUACAUCAUAUACUAUACUCUACUGAUUAUGUUUCUGUGGCUUUCCUUCAUAUAUAUAUUUUUUUUCCUGCAUUGAAAUAGAUGUAUUUUAGAGCUGUUGUCAACAAUUUUCACUACAGGAAGUCAAGACAUGUUGACCUGUAGAUCUUAGAUAAUGUUUAUUCAGAAGAACAAGUUAGAUGUAUUACUUUUGCAGGUAAAGCACAGCAAUAAGCUUUAGGGUGUAGAUAUCUUUUUUAUUUUGCAUAAAAUUAAAAAAAAACUUUUUUUUAAAUGAAAAAAAAAACAUUCUUAGCUCACAUUUAAUUAAUCAUGAUUACAUUCUAAUUGGUUAUUAGAGAAAGCUUUGUGAUUUUAUUAGCUCAGAAACCAGUUAUUCUGCCCAAUAAAGCAAAUAAAUCAUAUUUAUUUGGGUUGCAAGUUAUGUAGUGGACUGGCUGGGCACUGCUUGUGUGGAGUGUCUGUGCAUGUUCUCCCCAUCUCUCCCCGGGUUUUUUCUAGGUUCUCUGGUUUCCUCCAGCUGCCCAAAAACAGGUCGGUAGAUGGAUCAGCUAUGCCCCUAAGUGCUGCCUCACAUUCAGUGUUCCCAGGAUAAUCUCUGGAUCCACUGCAACCCUGAACAGGAUAAAGUGGUUACUGGAAACGAAUUAAUCACUGAAUGGACAGGACAACAAUCUGAAGCAUAUACUUCUAAGCUAUGCAACAACUAUUUGGUAAAUAAACAAUGAGCCAGAGUGCUGUCACUGAUAGAUUGGUUGGUACAACAGAGAGAGAUAGUUUGUAUAUAUUGUAACCUUAGUUUUGACAGGUAUAGGUCAAAGGUCAAAAAGAUACACAUUCUAACUCUCUAUAUCUAGAUCAAAGGUCAUGAUCAUAAAAAUAUUUAUAGUUAUGUUAAAUCUGGAUCACAUACAUUCGUGACACAAACGUUACCAUACAUGGUACGGCCAU